AAAGAAUCGGUGUCAAAGUGAAAACGAAAAAAAGAGAAGAAGAGGAAUUAUUCUUCUUGAUCUGUUCGAUAUAAUUAUUCUAGUCAUUCGUGUGUUUGGUGUUUGUCUUGAAAGCUCUUCGGUCAUCAUCUGAUCUUCUGGUGUAUUCCUUUUUCAUUUCCAACAUUCGAUCGUCGAUAAUUUAAAUUUUUUUUCGUUGCAGCUAAACAACAACAACAACCAUCAACAAAAAUGGAGGCCAUCAAGAAAAAAAUGCAGGCAAUGAAGCUCGAGAAAGAUAAUGCUAUCGAUCGAGCUGAAAUUGCCGAACAAAAAGCCCGUGAUGCUAAUCUUCGUGCCGAAAAGUCUGAGGAAGAAGUUCGUGCAUUACAGAAAAAAAUCCAACAAAUUGAAAAUGAAUUGGAUCAGGUCCAAGAACAAUUAUCGGCUGCCAAUACAAAAUUGGAGGAAAAGGAAAAAGCCCUACAGACCGCUGAAGGUGAUGUUGCAGCAUUGAAUCGUCGUAUUCAAUUGAUUGAAGAAGAUUUGGAACGAUCAGAAGAACGACUCAAGAUUGCUACAGCCAAAUUGGAAGAGGCAUCACAAUCUGCCGAUGAAUCUGAACGUAUGCGUAAAAUGCUUGAACAUCGAUCCAUCACCGAUGAAGAACGUAUGGAUGGUUUGGAAAAUCAACUUAAAGAAGCCCGUAUGAUGGCCGAAGAUGCUGAUAGAAAAUAUGAUGAAGUUGCCCGUAAAUUGGCAAUGGUUGAAGCCGAUUUGGAACGUGCUGAAGAACGUGCCGAAACCGGUGAAUCGAAAAUUGUUGAACUCGAAGAAGAAUUACGUGUUGUCGGUAACAAUCUCAAAUCAUUGGAAGUUAGCGAAGAGAAAGCUCAACAACGUGAAGAAGCCUAUGAACAACAGAUCCGUAUAAUGACGGCUAAACUUAAAGAAGCCGAAGCACGUGCCGAAUUUGCUGAACGUUCGGUACAAAAACUCCAGAAAGAAGUCGAUCGUUUGGAAGACGAAUUGGUCCACGAAAAGGAAAAAUACAAAUCCAUCUCCGACGAAUUGGACCAGACAUUUGCCGAACUUACUGGUUAUUAAUAAUAAUUCUUUCAUAUUACGCAGACAGAAUUUUCGAUUAUUUUUAACAACACCACCACCACCACCAGCAACAG